AUAAUUAAAACAAUCACGAGACCUGUAUGGUGCGGCUGCGAGACGCUCGGCGGCCGAGCUCGAAUUUGUACGGUAAAUUGUAGUUGGCAUGGAUAUUUCAAAGCGUCCUACGAGAUGUGACCGUGCUCUAACACAAUCCGCGGGUAUUUUUCUGUAUUGAAAUCGGUCAAAUCGUGUACCUGAUAUUCUUUGAUGUCCAAAUACUAUCUUUCUGGAUCAGUAAAGCUUGUACAUAUGUUUCCAUUUAACCAACCUCUGAUACUUAUGAUGUCAAGAAGUGACUAGUUGCAGACGACUUGUCAUGGAUAAUUAUCAUGUAUUGGAGCUAAUAGGAGAGGGAUCUUUUGGGAAAGUUUACAGGGGAAGGCGGAAAUACACAGGAAAGAUUGUUGCUUUGAAGUUUAUCCCCAAACAUGGUCGGAGUGAUAAAGAACUGGACAGUCUGCGCAAGGAGAUUGAAAUCAUGAGGGGGAUGCACCAUCCAAACAUCAUUGAGAUGUUAGAUACAUUUGAGACUGAUAAAGAGGUGGUAGCAGUAACAGAUUAUGCUGAAGGAGAAUUGUUUCAGAUCUUAGAGGAUGAUGGCACUCUACCUGAACAACAGGUGAGAGAGAUUGCCUGUCAGCUUCUGUCUGCUCUGUACUACCUACAUGCCCAUCGCAUCCUUCACAGAGACAUGAAACCACAGAACAUUCUUCUGGGUAAAGGGGGCGUGGUCAAGCUUUGUGACUUUGGAUUUGCCCGGGCCAUGAGUAUUAACACACUUGUCCUGACUUCAAUCAAGGGUACGCCUUUAUACAUGGCACCUGAGCUAGUAGAGGAGAAACCUUACGAUCACACGGCUGAUUUAUGGUCCCUUGGAUGUAUUCUCUAUGAGCUGUAUGUGGGAACACCCCCUUUCUACACCAAUAGCAUUUUCCAGCUUGUUAGUCUUAUCAUUAAGGAUCCUGUCAAAUGGCCUAAAAACAUGAAUCCUGAAUUCAAGGAUUUCCUGCAGGGUUUAUUGACAAAGAGUUCCAAGCAUCGUCUGACAUGGCCAAGCCUUCUAUAUCAUCCAUUUGUCAAUGGAGGGGUCAAAGUAUCUGAUUCCUUGACCGAGAAUCCUUUCACUCAGGCACCUUCUGCUGAGGAGAUGGCUCGUAAGGAGAAGGCAGUUCAAGAGAAGUCUACUAACGUAGCACCUGGUACCACCAUUAUGAGGAAACUCAAACAGAGGGAACAGGUCCCUGAGGAUAAUAAAGAUGGGGCAUGGACUGAGGGCAAGAAACCCCAUAAGCCCAGCGGUGAGAAGACCAAGGCUAAACCCCGUAUUGCCAAGAGUGAGCCCUGGCCUAGUGUCAAGGAACAGGAACCAACCCCAAGGGAGAACCGCAUUACUCAUGAUUACAAACAGGAGUUUCCAAGUGUUGAGGUGGAAAGCAGACGCGUUUUAAAGAAAGAUGGAGGCAAGGCAAAAGACAUGAGGAAAAGCAUUGAUAACGUCAGACUGCAAGAAGAAGAUGUUGACAGUGAAGAUGAAUGGGACUCGCUGUGUGACAUCACCAAUCCUGAGACCACAGACCCUCGUUCUAUAGAUGCUCUUCUCCAAGACCAGGCCUUUUUGCAGCGCAUUGCAUCAAGGCUUGAUGAAACAUGUAAACAAACAUUAGAUGGGAUGCUGGAGGGUGCAUCUAGACUCAGGCUUGUCUUGCGUGUUAUCAGCAACCUGCUGGCUUACAAAGGUUUUGCUGAUUCCCUCACUGAAUUUUGUCAUAUGACGAAAGUACCAAUGCUACCUCUGGAUGUCCUCAGCAAAAUGAAGAAUAAUAAAACAGUUAAAGAGCAAGCUUGGUAUGUACAGAUCCUGACAGACUUGGUUAAUGUAUACACUGCAUACAUCAUGUCAGAUGUGGCUAUAGAGCUAAACAUGGACAGGACCAAAGAUGUGAUGGAGGCCGCUCUAAACUUUGCUGGUGUUCUACCAUGGUUGAUACACAUCAAGGAAGAUGAUGACCUUAAUCUAAGGGCACAAUCUGUUUAUUGUUUUAUUUACCAGUGUGAGGUGAUGGAUAGAGCCCAGGAAGAGUUUGUGACAGGGUACUAUGCUGGUCUUGCUACCACCCAUCAACAGGUCAUCACUGGUCUUCUUAAAACAUUACAACAGGAUGAUACUCUUAUCAAGAAAGUCACAAGUGGACCUGAAGGUGAAGCAUUUGGUGAGCGUUGGGAGCAGAUGUGUGGUGUGGCUAUCGGUGGUUUGGCAGAGCUAGUCUAUAUCCAACAAGGACAGGAUACAUGCGUAGAGGGCAAACGCAAGAUGGCUGCAGCUUUAGGAGAUCUGUUUGCUGAAUCAGAUCACUCUGAGUUCACUGAUAACCUGAUGAAAUACAUUGCUCAUCCAUCGUUUUGUGAAAACACCCUCAAGGCUAUCUAUUUUGGAUGUCAGAUGUCACCUCUCCUCUGUAAAUACAUUGCAUAUAAAGAGGAACAUAUUAGUCUCAUUCUUCUAGUACUACAAGGAAAGACUGAGAUAGAGGAUAUGAGUAAGAACACUGUAUAUGAGAUAUGUACUCAUAUCCUCAGUACAAUCAUCAUCCAGCUACAAGCUAUACCCGAAAUAUUGUUGAAUGCAACUUCCUUGUUUGCAGCCAUCUUACUUGAUUCUCAGAUUGCAAGCCAUACAACAGCUGCAUCGUUGUUAGUGAGUCAGUUAUUACACCAUGGAAUAGCUAUCCAGAUGCCCACAUCAGAUCUAUUAGAUGCAGUACAAUCAGCUUUUAAUGAUUUAGAACAGAUCUGUGUGAGAUGUCCAUUUGAUUAUGGAAUCCUUGAUGGUCUUCUGCUUCUGAUCUGUCAGUUCCUCAGCAUAGAUCAGACCAUGGUCAGCCGUUACCUCAUAGAGAUGGGUGUCUGGGACCUCAUAUGGCACAGGUUGAUGCAGACACUUGGUAUUGAGGAAAUCCCCCCGAAUCCAGGCCUUCCUAAAGAUGAUGAGGAUGAUGGAGGGGUUGAAGAGGAUGAUGAACAGGUUAUACUGGUCAGCUGUAACCCUGACUGGAAUUUAGUCUCACCGUCUGGCCUGGCAGCAUCUUUACAAGUCAUCUUGAUAAUAUUCACUAAGGAACCAUAUCACUGUGUACCUCCGUUCUGCAAUGCUAAUGGUGUAGUCAUGCUGACUCUCAGUUCUAUGCUUUCACAUGAAUUUCUUGCCAUUUUAUCGUCAAGUGAGAGUAAAGAGCAGAACCUUUCUGAGCUAGUCCUGGACAUUGUCUUACAUGUAUGUCAGUUGCUGUGUUUCCCAUUCGCUUUGGAUACCCAUGAGAUGAUGAUGUCAGCCAUCUUGUCUAGCUUCAGACAGUGUCUCUUGGUAGAGAAGUUGAUCUCUGCAUUCCAGAAGUAUGUUCCUCUUGAGAUGACUGAGGUCCCUAUGGGUGUCCUUUCAAGGCUUGUACUAAGCGAAGAGGCAUUUCUGACACAAUUCUGUGAGUCUGUCACCAAGUAUAAGGCCGAGAGUUACAUGAGCAGUCUAAUGUCUAGUGAUGCUCCAACAGAAGUCCGUUGUGAUAUGCUGUCUAUCUGUAGCCAUCUUGCCAGGAGUGGAGCUCAUCAUCUUAUGUUGCUCAAAGCUAUACUUUCAGGAGAAAAGGCUGGGUCAUACCAAGCAUUGAAUGCAUUACUGAGCAGUAAGAAUCAGACAGUUAAAUCCAGAGCAUGUGGUCUAAUGGGAAAUAUGAUGAGGCAUUCACCAUCAUUCUACUCAGUCCUUAGAAACAAUGAUGACCUCCUCUCAUCUCUCAUCGCUCAACUCUCUAGUGAUGAUGCUGAUAUCAGACGGUCAUCAUCGUAUGCUAUUGGAAAUGCUGCCUAUCACAGUGGAGAUCUCUAUGACAAACUUGGCCCAGUCAUCCCAGUCCUGGUCCAACUCCUCUCAGAUCCUGUUACUAGGAUUAGGACCAAUGCUGCAGGUGCUCUUGGAAAUCUUGCAAGACAUUCUGCCAAACUCUGUUCCCAGCUCCUCAAGUCUAAGGUUGCUGAGAGUCUUCUAGAGUCGGCUCACCAUGACAAUCAGCUGAGUGUGCAGGAAGUAGCCCUAGUGGCUCUCAGGACACUAGCCAGACAUGCCCCACUAAGACAGGCUCUUCUCAAGGCCAAGGCUUCAGAGAAGCUUCUUACCCUUGUUGACAGUAUCCGCUCUUCUGGGAUCACAACACCCGGAAGCAUGCCGUCGUCUGCUAGGAGUGAACGCAACAGUGCUGGCGCUGUUUCUCAUCAUUCUUCUAAACUCCUCAGCCUGCUUAAGAGAGGGGGUAGUGCCAGGUGAUAUUGGUCAAAGGCCACUUCUGAAUCAAUGAUGGUGUUAUUUAGAAGCAACAGUGUCAUAUGAUAUACUGCUCCACUGUCUUAUGCCAACUUUGUAGGAAUACCAAUUUGUCAGUUUCGUGUUGUGUUGUAGAUGGUGGACAGGCUUACCAAGUUGAUGUGAGGGAUGAACAUUCUGUAGACAUGUUGUGCUAUUUCACUAGACCCUGUAGCUUCCUCAAACAGAAUGAAGUGUGUUACUAGGUUCAGAUAGAUCUGCUAAAAGUCAUGGAUCACCAAGUGGUCAACAAGGAACCAUGUGACUGGACUUACUAAUUCUUGAAGGCAAUACUGUAUGGCGAUCUGUGACUAUCUCUAAACUUUUCAUGAUUAGCAAACACUAGAAGCUUUACACUAACAACAUUUGCUCCUGGCAAAUUAAACUGCAGCAUUUCGGUAGCUUAUAACAGAAGCUUGUGACUUACCAUUGAAAACAAAGUAUUUGAAACAAGGGUCAUGAAUCAUUUAAAGCUGAUGCUGAAGAUCCGAUCAAGUGUAAAGGAUGACCAUCACAGAUUAAAGCGUUAAAAUAGCAGCGUGGAUUUUGAAUUUGGAUAUAUUUUUGGUGACAUUGGUUGGAAUAAGGAAAUGAUCUGAUUUGAUUUAAUGUUUGUGUGCAUAUAUGUGUGCCUGCCUAUGUGUACAUGUAAUUUUAAUAUUUUAAUUGAAGCUGAUGUAGAAAUUGUACAAAUGAGAAUUAUCACAGUGAGAAAUACAGUACUAUAAAUAGGCUGCAUAUUAGAUCUAUGCUAAGGUUUAAACUGAUCUUAGAUUACGUUCCAAAGUAAACUUAUUUUUGUAAGUUUGGUUAUUUUAGAGUGUACUUUGCAUACUUGAUUAAUGCAUCAAUUAGACUUGAGAGAUUUUUGUGAAUAAUGUGACCUUAGAAUAAAUGCAUGGUGGUCUUCAUGGGUGGAUCCCUGUAAAUCUAUGGCAAGGCAAUGCUAAAAAAUAAAUAUAUUAUCAGUUGUAAAUAUCAAUCAUAUUGUUUAUAUUACAAGACCUGAUCUUUCAUGGUGUGAAGUUAAUAAAAGCCUUGCAUUAUUCCAAGUUUGAAUUGGCAUCUACAUGAUUUACUUUUGCUCAUUAAAUUUCUUCAGAGCAUACCAUUUCUAUGUAAAUCCAUAUUGAUUUGGUUGUCUUGGUGUAUAUAUGCUGCAGCUAAUUUCUAAUGAUUUGUUCUGUGUACUUCACUGUGCUAUUGGAUUUAUCUCUUAAAUAAACACUGUCUGUAGCUUAAGUCACAUGAAAUGGAAGUUAACUAUGAAUAAUUGUAAGCUUUCCAGUUUUGUUCAAUUGAAAUUUGUGCAUAUUUACAUUUAUAAUGUACAACACAUUCCAAGGUUAAAAAUUGGGGCCUAUAGUUGUAACAUCAACUUCCUAGUUUAUUGAAUUCUGACAGUAUAUACAAUAUAGAUGUGAAUAGUUGUGUGUUUAGAAUAAUUGGUCUUGAAAUGUACAUCUUGGUAUUAUUUGCUUAUUUAUUGGUAGAGAGUUUGUUAUGCAAUGUAUAUAAUUUCAAAUAAAUGUAAAUUGUACAAAUCAAUGUAAAAAAGAGAGACACCAUUCACCUUGACUUUGAUAGAACUAUAGCUUUAUUCAUUGUUUAUACAGGUAUUUUCAAGUUUUUUUUGUUAUCAGAUAUUAGUUUUAUUGAAGUGAUGUCUUGCAAAUUAUUAAUAGGUUCAAUGUAUUUUUGUCAGCACUUGUAAAUGGUAUAAAGCCUGCUUACAUCUAAAUGGUUUUUUCAGAGUCCUACAUUACAUGUAAACUGUUAAAAUGAAAACUCCAUUCUAAGGUAUAGAUGUAAACAGAAAGGAAUAAGAUAGGUCUUUCUCUUGUAAAUGUGCCUUGUCAACUUUUAAAAGUCAACAAAUUAAAAGUUCUUUUAUUUCUGUAGCUGAAAUGAAUGUGAUGUGGAAUGUGAGUGUGAUAGUAUCUGUUUGUUUUUAGGUUAUACAUAUUUCACUUCCUAGGUGAUGUGAAUGUAUACAGUAUGAGUUCUAGCUCAGUCUUGGUAUUAUUGAUGUCAAGGCUGGAAGUAUAAUUCUUAUUUAUUUUCCCAAGAAAAGACACUUAAUUUGUGCUUUUAAUAAAAAGUGAUCCUAAUCCCAUCGUUGAUAUCUUAACUUCUAGUGAAAGGCAUCCAGAGACCACCUCCUUUUCAGUUCAUAAGAAAAUUGAUCCAAUGCCAUCACCAAAAGGCCAUCACAGAACUUGAAAUCACAUCCGUUACCACUUACUGAUUGAUUCAGUAUUCAUAGUAUGUCCUGUUUUCUUCACCAGCAAGUGUUUAUAUUUUGCUUGUCUAAAUCAGCAAAACCUAUAAACUGGUAAUCUGUACUAUCUGCAACAGAAAGUUCCAUACACUAUGAAAGCUUGAAUGGCAUGUUUCAAGUUGAUUUUAAAAGAUGUGCUGUCAAUGUUAUCAAAUGUAUUCCUACACUCAUGUUUUAGAUGAAAAAUAAAUAAUUCCUUGAAUUUCAUGUUGCAAGUUUCAUAAUUUUAACAGGCCGGUGUACGUGCUGUGAUAUCAUCAUAAAAGAAAAUAUUACAUAAUUAAUAUUUUUUUAUAGUUUCUUGAUAUAUUGGUGGCAGCUUCCAACAAUAUGGAUACUAGCAUCUGGUCCCAAAACUGAAUUUUAGUCCAAUUCUUUUAUGCAACCAUUCAUUACUAAAAAGAUCUCUUUUGUUUGUACUCCGGAUAACAGUAUAUCACAAUUUGCCAAAUAGAUAUUCACACAUGA